AUGGAUCGCUCACUGAAAUGCUUCACGAACUGCCUCGUGUGCAUUUCGGGUGAAUUGGUUUCUCAAGACCUCUAUUUCAGCUCGGACACCGGGAUCAUCACGCCCACCUACUAUUAUCGGCAAGAAGGUGUCGAGAGGAUCGACCUGGAUGGGAAAGUCGUCGCCCCGGGGUUUCUGGACUUGCAGACGAAUGGAAUGCAAGGCGUGCAUUUCACGCGGUUGGGGAGCCAGCGGACCAAUGGUGAAGAAGGUGAUGAGGCGGAGGAUCUAAAGAUAUUAGAGACGGUGAGCAAGACAGAGGUGUCUCAUGGUGUCACGGGGUUUUGGGCUACGGUUCCCACGGUGGAGGCGGCGAGGUGGAAGCAGAUAGUGCCAGCUCUUGGACCGAGAAUGUUUUCCAAUGGGGCAGAUCUUCUCGGUGCACAUCUGGAAGGGCCAUUUCUGAGUCCUGCAAAGAAGGGUGCUCACAACGCUGAUUACCUACAAGAUCCGACACAGAUCUCGCCGGUUCAACUCUACGGGGCUGACAACCUUACGUCGGUCGUGAGCAUGAUCACUUUAGCCCCUGAAUUGCCAGGCUCGACGGCCCUGAUCGGACAGCUACAGGAAGAGUACCCUCAUAUUAUCAUUUCACUCGGUCAUUCCGUAGCCAAGUACGAGGAAGGACUCGCUGCCCUGCAACUGGGUGCGCGGGCGUUGACGCAUGUCUUCAACGCAAUGGCACCAUUCGAGCAUCGAAACCCUGGUCUCGCAGGCCUCAUGUCGACGGGACGAUGCUACUAUUCUAUCAUACCGGACGGGAUCCACCUGCAUCCGUCAGUGGUUACGCUGUGUCUACGCACCGACCCGAGGAAGUGUGUCUUCAUCACAGACAGUAUCGAGCUUGCUGGUCUGCCUGACGGCGUUCAUCCCGGCCACUGGCAGAUCCCACUGCAGCAGGUCAAGCAGGGAAAUCGAGUGACCAUGGAAGGCACAGACACGUUGAUCGGAAGCUGCUGUACCCUCGACGAGUGUGUAAGGAACGCCGUCGCUUUUACGGGCUGCAACCUGGCAGAAGCCGUGCAAUGUGUCACUGAGAAUAUUGCCGACAUGAUGGGCGAGAACAGAAGGGGGAAAUUGGAGACAGGACGGAGAGCUGACUUUGUGGUGAUGGAUGCAGAUGGUGUGGUACUGGAGACGUGGAUGGAAGGAAGAAAAGUCUGGCAAAGAGAGUCGAUACUUACCUAA